CGUAUUGACCCGGAAUAAAUCUCAGUCUAAAACCCACUCGCCACUCUUAUCCACAGGGCCGCGCAAGCGCUCUGGCUUCUUCCAGUCCAGUCCACCAUCCGCGCCAUGGCGAUGGCGUUCGCGGCUGCCUCCGCCUGGAGCCUCAGUCUUACAGCCUUCUCCCUCCCGCUGCCCCAGUCUCUGCGCCCGAAACCUAGCCAACUCCUCCAUGGCGCGACCAGCUCGUUCCCGCGGCCACGCCGAUGCGGGUGGGGCGCCGUGGUGCGCUGCGCGAAGCGCACGGGGAAGCAGCGGUACCCGUCGGAGAAGAAGCGGUUGAACAGGCGAAAACAGGAGUUGCUACGCCAGGCCGCCCCGGAGGAGGGGAGCAAGGGGCGGGAGUCCGGGUACUGGCGGCUCUCGAAGCUCGCUGUUCCCGCCCGCGACGACCCAGGCAAGGACUUCACCGGCAUCUCCCUGCCGCUACUCCAGGCCAUCGCCAAAGCCAUCAAGUUCCCGGUUCCUUCUAUGCUCCCUGACGAGGCUUUCACUGUCAUCCGCAAGUCAUUUGACGCACGAAAGGUUUUGAAAGAACCUCAAUUCACUUAUAUUGUUGAUAUGGAUGUUAAGAAGAUUCUUAAUAUUGAGCCAAGGGCAUGGGAUUUUAUUGCUCGGUUGGAGCCCAAACUUGGAGUUGUGGAAUACAUGACCGAAGAGAAGUUAGCAGUUGAUCUGGUCAGCAUGCUAAAUGUUAGUAGCAAAGGUUCCAAUAAUGUACUAGGAAUUAGAGACACUCAUAGUGGCAUGAUUUAUCGUCAACAAAAGAAGCCCAGAGUGGCAGUUAUAGGAAGUGGACCAUCUGGCUUGUUUGCUUCCCUUGUGCUAGGUGAACUUGGUGCAGAAGUUACCUUAUUGGAGCGUGGUCAGCCUGUUGAACAGAGAGGUCGUGACAUUGGUGCACUAGCAGUUAGACGAAUUCUACAACCAGAGAGCAACUUUUGCUUUGGCGAGGGUGGUGCAGGUACGUGGAGUGAUGGGAAGCUGAUGACCAGGAUAGGAAAAAACACUGAUGGUGUUCAGGCUGUUAUGAAAACAUUUGUUCACUUUGGAGCCCCUCCAAACAUUUUAGUUGAUGGGAAACCACACUUGGGUACUGAUAAACUUGUUCCACUGCUGCGAAAAUUCAGGCAUCACUUAAGAGAGUUGGGUGUUACCAUAAGAUUUAAUGCUAGAGUAGAUGACCUUAUAGUAGAAGAUGGGCAGGUAAAAGGAAUUGUGGUCUCUGAUGUGGAACUACAGCCAGGUCCUGCCAGCCAGAAACUAGCAUUUGACGCAGUUGUAAUGGCAGUUGGUCAUUCAGCUCGUGACACAUACAGUAUGCUUUGGCAGCAUAAUGUAGACAUGAGCCCAAAAAGUUUUGCUGUUGGCUUAAGAAUUGAGCAUCCCCAAGAAUUGAUAAACAGUAUCCAAUACUCUGAACUGGCAGCUGAAGUACAAAGAGGACGUGGACGGAUUCCUGUGGCAGAUUACAAAAUAGUGAAGUCUGUUGGUGAAAGAGACGCAGAGAAUGAACUUGACAUAGCUGAGCCAACUCGCAGUUGCUACUCGUUUUGUAUGUGCCCUGGUGGACAGGUUGUUCUAACCAGCACAAACCCAUCAGAAUUGUGCAUCAAUGGCAUGUCGUUCUCACGGCGUGCAUCAAAGUGGGCAAACUCAGCUCUUGUAGUCACUGUAUCAUCCCAUGAUUUCAAGCCAUUUCAAUCCCAUGGUCCUCUUGCUGGCGUUGAAUUCCAGAGACAAUUUGAAAGAAGAGCAGCUAUGAUGGGUGGAGGGAAUUUCGUUGUUCCUGCACAGUGUGUCACCGAUUUUAUCAGCAACAGACUGUCAGUUACAACACUGCCACCAUCAAGCUAUAGAUUAGGAGUUCGUCCAUCUAAUCUUCAUGAGCUAUUCCCUCCUUACAUAACUGAAGCUUUACAAGAGUCACUAAUAAUGAUUGAUAGAGAGAUGCCAGGCUUUGUUUCUAGCAAGGCCCUACUUCAUGGUGUGGAGGUCUGUUUCCAGACCAGGACAAGUUCUCCCUUACAAAUUUCACGACAUGGAGAAACAUACGAAAGUACAUCACUGCGAGGAUUAUAUCCAACUGGGGAAGGUGCUGGCUAUGCUGGGGGCAUCUUAAGUGCUGCUGUGGAUGGUAUGUAUUGUGGUUUUGCUUUAGCUAAACAACUUUCUUUAUUCCAUGGCGAUAUAGAGCCAUUUCUAGGCAAAACACAAAAACAAACAGGUUUUAUAAAGUAUUGAAUGGACUAGUGCUUGGUAUUUUGUUGUUCCAAUUUUUUGGGGGAAAAGAUCGAUGUCAUUAUAGCUUUAACCAUAGGAUAUUUUUGUCAUGUUUAGAGCAGCUGUGAUUGCCUUACUAAAUUCAUCAGCUAAUUUGUGCACGGUUGAUGUAGAAGGGUAGAGCAAGGCAUUGAUGUUGUAGGAGAGGUUCUGGUAUAGGUAUAGCUAUGUAACAAAUAAUUUAUAACUUCCUAUGUGAUGCCACCUUAAUUUUGUCAAGAUAAUUCACCAAGCAUAAUACCAUA